AUGCCAAUUGCUGAUAUUAAAGCAGAAACAGUGAGUGAGGCGUUUUUGGCCGGUUGGGUGUCUAGGUUUGGCUGCCCAGACAGAAUUACCACCGACCAAGGCCGUCAAUUUGUGUCCGAUCUCUUUCAUCGUCUUGCCAACAUGACAGGUGCACACGUCUCUCAUACUACUGCGUAUCAUCCUGCAUCAAACGGAUUAGUGGAAAGAUUCCAUAGACAAUUGAAAGCUGCAAUCAUGUGUCAUGGCAGCAUCGAUUGGGUGGAACGCCUACCUUUAGUACUUUUAGGAAUAAGAACGGCAUGGAAGGAUGAUAUGGCAGCUUCCACUGCUGAACUAGUUUAUGGCGAACCUUUGCGGUUGCCCGGUGAUUUCUUCCAUUCCUCAGCGUCGAACCCAGAGGACUUAAGUUACACCGAUUUUGUACACCGCUUAAGGACGCACAUGCAAGACAUUCAACCUUCACCAGUCAUACGCCAUGGUGCUUCGAAGGUUUUCGUGCACAAAGAUCUUGCUACAGCCACUCACGUGUUUUUAAGGCAUGACGCGGUCCGGAAACCUCUUCAACCCCCGUACACUGGACCCUACAGAGUUAUCAGUAGAGGUGACAAGGUUUUUAAAAUAGAUAUUCGUGGGAAGCCCGUGAGUGUGUCCAUCGAUCGUGUGAAACCUGCUCACAUGCUCGAGGAGGAUAUCCAGCAUCGUGAAGCUCCAGAGCGACGCACACGGUCCGGGCGGGUCGUACGUUUCCCUGAUUCAUAUCGACCCUAA